AUGUGUUAUGUCGUCAUUAACCAAAAGCGUAACAUUUCCGUCCGGCCUUCCUUCUUUUAUUUCCUUCGUUUUCUGACUACAUUCAUCCUUUCAUUUCUUCCUUCCCCUCUUUGCCUUCCUUCUUUCCUUCCACAUUUUCCCUUUUUCAUUUCUUUCCUUUAUUCCGUCAAGCUGUCUUUCUUCCCAUCUUUUGUUUUCUUCAUUUUAUUCAUCCUUUCGAUUCUUCCUUCCUUCAUGUCGUCUGUUUUUCUUUCCUCAUUUCUUUCCUUUCUGUCCUUCCUCAUUGACCUACUUUAUUUUCUUCCUUUCCUCCUUAUUGUUCACCUUGUUUUGAUUGCUUCCUUUUUUUGUCAUCAUUCUUUUUCUUUCUUCAUUCCUUCAUUCGUUUCUUCCUACCUUCAUGCAUUUCCUUCGAUAUUUUUUAAUUCAAUGUAUUCCUUCAGUUAUUCCUUCAUUAUUUCCUGUUUUUCCUUUCUCCUUCAUAUCAUCCUUCAGUCCUUCUCUAUUUUUCCCUCUUUUAUUCAUUCCAAACUUCUAUUCACCUUGUUUCUUAUUUUCUUACUUUACUUAUUCCUUUUUCGUUUCCUUUUUUCAUUUCUUUCUUUGAUUUGA